UUUGACCCUUUAUCGGGAAGGCGACUGACCCCUGGGUUGACCACAGUCCAACGGAUUAUUAGAACGGGAGCUGGAUUACUUUUAAAAUUUCACCUCUUUGACUUUUAAUAUUUGUAUUGUCACCAUGUUAAUUCGUUGGCCGAUACAGUUUUUAUUGUGUUCUUUACUUGCCUCGAUCGAUGCAAAAAACGUCCUUUUCCUUUUAGCUGAUGAUGGUGGAUUUGAAAUAGGAGCAUAUUUAAAUAAGAUAGUCCAAACACCAAAUAUUGACAGUUUGGCGAAAAAAAGUUUGCUUUUUAACAACGCUUACACCCCUGUUAGCAGCUGCUCUCCGAGCCGUUCGUCAAUUUUGACAGGCCAGCCAACACAUCAGAAUGGAAUGUAUGGUUUGCACCACGGUGUUCACCACUUUAACUCUUUCGAUCAUGUCCAAAGUUUUCCUGACGUUUUGUCCAAACAUGGCAUCACGACUGGCAUCAUCGGCAAAAAACAUGUUGGCCCUAAAGAAGUUUAUCCAUUUGACUUUGCUGAAACAGAAGAAAACAAUUCAAUUAUGCAGGUCGGAAGGAAUGUCACUUACAUUAAACUUCUGGUUCGCAAAUUUCUCAAGCAGACACACAACAAGCCAUUUUUUCUUUACAUAGGUUUCCACGAUCCACAUAGAUGUGGUCAUACUCAUCCAGAAUUUGGAAACUUUUGCGAAAAAUUUGGCAAUGGGGAACCGGGUAACGGUUUAAUUCCGGAUUGGAUACCUAUAAUCUAUCAGCCGGAGCAAAUUGACGGACCUUAUUUCGUCCAAGAUAGUAUGCAAGCGAAAUACGACCUUGCUGCCCAAUACACUACCAUUUCUAGAUUGGAUACAGGUGUUGGUUUAGUGCUGAAAGAGCUAGAAUCAGCUGGUGUUCUCAAUGACACGUUAAUUAUUUACACAUCGGAUAAUGGAAUUCCAUUUGCUGGUGGUCGAACCAAUGUAUAUGACUCAGGUACCGCUGUACCGCUGUUGAUUUCAUCCCCAAGAGCAACGGCACUAAAGAAUUCAGUUACAAGCCACAUAACGAGUCUCUUAGACAUCGCACCGACCAUUUUAGAUUGGUUUGGACUUAGUAAGCUCUAUUCAAAACACAAUAAAAAUAGUAUGAAUUUAAGGGGGAAUUCUUUACUCCCUUUGAUCGAAAAAGGAGGGAGUGUGAAAGAAUUGCCUGUAUUUUACAGUCAUAAUUUACACGAAGUAACAAUGUAUUACCCCAUGAGAGCUAUACGAACAAAAAAGUAUAAACUAAUACACAAUUUAAAUUAUGGAAUGCCUUUUCCCAUCGAUCAAGAUCUAUAUGUCUCUCCAUCUUUUCAGGACAUUCUUAACAAAACAAGAAACCAUCAGCCCACAUUUUGGUACAGAUAUUUACAUAAUUAUUAUAAUCGCAAAGAAUGGGAGUUGUACAGUCUUCAUUUUGAUCCAAUGGAAAUUAAUAACUUAGCCUACGAUCCUCAUUAUAAGGAUGUGUUUAAUCAACUUAAGUCCCAAUUGAACGACUGGCAGCAAAAAACAAACGAUCCAUGGUUGUGCAGCCCAUCAGGUGUUUUGGAAUCAGGAGAAUGUAGACCUCUUUAUUAAUCACAUUAAACCCUGUUCAUUCUUCUACAGAUCUGAGAAAAAUGAGGAUGAGAUUUCCUUUUGAUAUCUGUGGUGGUGAUGAUGAUAAACCUGUGUGGUCAUUUCUGAUCAUUUCAACCUAAAAUUGCUUGUAUAGGGAGACAGAAAUGAUCAGUGUAAUUUUAAUUGUUGUUGCGAUUAUUGGACUUUUUAUAAUACACUCCCUGUCAAAAAAUAUCAGGGCCUAAAAAUC